CUAGGCAAGAGCUUGCAUUUAGGGAGCAUGAUGAAUCUAGAGGCAGCAUGAAUAGAGGAAAUUAUAGAGAGCUACUUGAAAGUUUUGCCAAGAUGGAUUCUGUUUUUGAAAGGCGAUUACAUGGCAGGCUUGCUGAAACCAACCUUGCUGGGGGAGGGCGGUUUACUGGAGUCUCUCCUGAUAUUCAGAAUGAUUUGAUUGAUUGUCUUGAUAAGAUAAUAGAGGAUGAGAUUUUAAAGGAAAUAGAUUGCUGCACUUUCUUAAGUAUACAGGUUGAUGAGGCAACUGAUGUUUCUACCAAAGAACAAUUGAGUGUAAUUGUUCGAAUGGACAAAGGGGAAAGUGUCAUUGAAAGACAGCUUGGGUUUGUUGAUGUUAGUUGUGAUAGGACUGCAACUGUUAUAUCAUCAGUGGUUAAGGGUAAGUUAAGUCAAUGUGAUAAUGUGAAAGAGAAAUUUAUUGGACAGACUUAUGAUGGUGCAUCUGUUAUGUCUGGUCAUCUCAAUGGUGUUCAAGCUCAAGUUCAGCAGGAUUAUCCUUAUGCUCAAUUUGUUCACUGUGCUGCCCAUAAACUAAAUCUAGUAUUAUGUCAAGCUGCAUCCUCCAUUUCACCUGUUAAGACUUUCUUUGUUAAUAUUAGUGCUUUCUGCACCUUUACUAGCCAUUCCUCCAAAAGAAAAGCUUUACUAUCAUCCCAUAGGCUUGAGUUUCCUAGUCCUGGUGACACAAGAUGGUAUUAUAGGGCUCAUGUCAUCAAUGUCUUGCAUUCUAACUAUGAGAAACUGAUAGACAUAUUUGAAAAUCUUACUGAUAAUCCAAUAGGUUGGGAUGAUGAAACGUUAAAUAAGGUUACUGGUUUACUUGGCUACCUUAAUGGCUUCUUGUUUUGUUUCUUGGUACUUGUUUUCCAUAGAAUUCUUGAGCAGUCAUCCAUACUUUAUUCUAUCUUCCAAGACAAGGACACUGACUUUCAUUAUGGAGUGAGUAGGGUUGAGAGAUUCAAGGCCUUUGCUGCUUCUUUGAGAAAUGAUACAGAAUAUUGUCAGGUGUACGACCUGGCUGUUGAGAAAGUGGGACCACCAGUAACCAGGGUGUUUAAGAUGUGGAAAGGUGAAGUGCCCUCAGAAAAGAUAAAUCUUCUAAAGGAGGUUUAUGGUGAUAUGUUUGACAUACCAUUGCCAGUUAGCCAACUUUGUUUUAUUUACAGAGAUAAAGUGAUUCAUGCGAUGAACUAUUGA